AUGAUCAAAUUGUUCCUAAGUCGUAGCGCUUAUACCUUUUACGUCGCAGAUAGCCCGGAAGAUGCCUCGGACGACCCAGAUGACGGACUGCCCGAAGAUGGCGAAGAGUUGGAAUCACUCCAAGGAGUGGAGGAGGAAGAGCCUCCUGAGAACCCUGAAUGGGUUCAGCCAGGCCCUGACGAACCAGAUGACGAUCCUGGUACUCCACACGCAACGGCGUUGCACAUUGCUGCUAGUUUGGGCCGUGGCGAUCUGGUGGAAUUUUUCGCAGGGAAAAGCGGGAUUUCAAUGAAUGCGACUGACUGCGACGGCCACACCCCGCUCCACUACGCCGCCCACGCUAUGCUCAAGCAUCCUCGGGCAGUUAUUCGUAAGUUGGUGCAGAUGGGCGCAAGACUAGAUGCUCGAUACGAUAUCGAGUUUGGGCUUCUUAUCCGCUCCGUGGUAGGCGGUAGAUGCGCCGUAGCCGUCGAUCUUUUGCAUCUUCGUGCGUAUACACACCUCACCGCGGAGCAACUCGGCUACCUUCUUCAUGCUGCACUCACUCCGGCUGCCUUCUAUAGCUUUGAGAGGGGUAUCUCGAUCGCCAACCUCUCCAGUGCAAGCUAUAGCCGGCGGUCUGUAUUACUUCCCAGGAGUUACAGGGACUCCUACGAUACGGUAUUUCCUGAUUAUACCAGCGACUGCAACAUGGACUUACUGGAGCGACAGGAGCUUGUGCGGCUCCUUGUCAAAGAAUUUGGAGUCGAUGUCAACAGGAUACUACCUGCCUGGCCUGGCGACAAGUUUAACGCGGUGGACAAGAACGGUAAUGAUAUCUUACAAUGCAUCUUCAACUCAAUUUAUUGGGAAGAGCGUCACUAUAUCGAUCUUGCCAACUUCAUCAACAGAUCGCCAUCGGAUUACUGCUACGAGGGUAUUAUACCGGCCAGGAUACCUCAAACCGUGGGCUUCGUUGAGAUGACCAUGCGAUUGCAGUUCGUGGAGGCCUUGUUCGGUGUUGGACGAACUGACGAUGUCAACUUGGUAUGGGGUGAGACCCAGGGGAAAGAGAAGAUUCUAAAAAUCGUGAUUGCCAGAUUGACGGAGAUUCGCCGAAAGCUAAAGACGGGGAGCAAAGAACAGUUUUUGAUGGACGAAUUUCACACGUUCUCCAACUUCUCUGGCGUCUGGUAG